AUGGAUACAAAUGGUGGUAAUCAAACAGUGUCUUAUAAUAAUAAGGUGUAUUAUGAGAAUUGUGAAGGUUGCAAGGUUGAUGCGCGUAAAGACAAACACAAAGGGGUACCAUUUAAAGAAUUGUUCUUUAUUUGGGUUGUUUGUCUAGCUUCUUCUCUACCUAUAUCAUGUCUCUUUCCGUUCUUAUACUUCAUGAUAAAGGAUUUCCAUGUCGCCAAAAAGGAAGAAGAUAUUGGAUUUUACGCAGGAUUUGUGGGGUCAGCGUAUAUGUUUGGAAGAGCUAUAACCUCAAUUUUAUGGGGAAUGAUAGCUGAUCGUUAUGGUCGAAAACCUGUUAUUAUCAUUGGCACUUUGGCAGUGGUAGUCAUGAAUGCUCUAUUUGGUCUCAGCACAAAAUUUUGGAUGGCAAUUUCUACGAGGUUUAUCCUAGGAUUGCUUUGUGGUUUACUUGGCCCCAUCAAGGCAUAUGCUUGCGAAGUUUGCCGACCUGAACAUCAAGCUGUGGGACUAUCACUUGUAAGAAUCACGACAUCAUGGGGAGUAGGCUUGGUCAUUGGCCCAGCCAUGGGGGGGUUUGGUCUACUUCUGAGUAUUGAAUUUAUGUUACAGCCUGCAGAGAAAUAUCCGAAACUUUUUCCUAAGGGAUCUCUCUUUGCGAGAUUUCCAUACUUCCUACCCUGCCUAUGUAUAUCAUUUUGUGCAGGACUUGCGUUUAUGGAAACAUUGCACACACAUAGUGGAACAAAUGAAGAACAAGAUGCGAAAGAUAGAAAUGAAAAUCUACUAGAGACGGGUACAACAGGAUCAGACUCUAAGAGAAGUCCUUUUAAGAAUUGGCCGUUAAUGUCAUCCAUCAUGGUAUAUUCUGUUUUCUCGCUUCAUGACAUGGCGUAUUCAGAGAUUUUCUCAUUGUGGGCAGUUAGUCCUAAAAAGUUCGGCGGAUUGAACUUUUCGACUAAGAAUGUUGGCUUGGUACUUUCAAUCACAGGAUGUGGUCUAAUUAUCUCCCAACAAAUUCUAUAUCCAAUGGUUGAGAGGACUUUUGGUCACAUGAAGAUUACUCGUAUUGCCUCGGUUUUGACGAUACCAUUGCUAACAAGUUAUCCCUUUAUAGCCAAGCUUUCUGGCUUGAGCCUUUCUUUAGUGUUAAAUUGCGUGUCUAUAUUGAAGAAUGCGUUUUCGAAUGCAAUUCUCACUGGAUUAUUCAUUAUUCAAAACGACGCCGUGCCUCAACAUCAAAGAGGAGCUGCAAAUGGAAUUGCAAUGACUUCAAUGUCUCUAUUCAAAGCAUUUAGUCCAGCCGGAGGUGGCGCGAUAUUUUCAUGGGCUCUCAAACGCAUGGAUGCAUCCUUUCUCCCAGGUGUUCACAUGGUUUUCUUCAUCUUGAAUGUGAUUGAAGUAAUUGGAUUAUUGUUGACGUGCAGAGCGUUCCUCCCACUUUCUAAUAGCAAGGGCUAUGAGACAUAA